AGGAAGACGGGCUGAGGUGGGGAUGAGAAAUCAUCAUUUAGUUAGCUCGCUGCUAGCUGCCUAUAGUUGAAGUGUAAUGAGAUUAGUAGCCCAAAUUUAGAUUAUUAGUUUACUUUUGGUGGGGACGACGAUGACCCUUUGACACCAAGAAUGGACAUAAGUUAAGGAUGACGGGGGAGAAAAAGAAGAAGAAGCGGCUGAACCGCAGCAUUCUUCUUGCAAAGAAAAUUAUAAUAAAAGAUGGAGGAAGUCCUCAGGGAAUCGGUGAGCCCAGCGUUUACCAUGCUGUGGUGGUCAUUUUCCUUGAGUUUUUUGCAUGGGGUCUUCUCACCACACCGAUGCUCACGGUAUUGCAUCAGACAUUCCCCCAACACACAUUCCUGAUGAAUGGUCUUAUUCAUGGUGUGAAGGGCCUAUUAUCUUUUCUGAGUGCUCCUCUGAUUGGAGCGUUGUCAGACGUAUGGGGCCGCAAGUCCUUCCUGCUGCUAACAGUCUUCUUCACAUGUGCACCCAUUCCACUGAUGAAGAUCAGCCCAUGGUGGUAUUUUGCAGUCAUCUCCAUGUCUGGUGUCUUUGCCGUCACCUUCUCUGUGAUCUUUGCUUAUGUGGCGGACAUCACGCAAGAACAUGAGAGGAGCACAGCGUAUGGCUUGGUAUCGGCUACCUUCGCGGCCAGCUUGGUUACCAGUCCAGCCAUCGGAGCCUAUCUGUCAGUGGCCUACGGUGACACGUUGGUGGUAAUCUUGGCCACAGCCAUCGCCCUGCUAGACAUCUGCUUCAUCCUGGUGGCCGUACCGGAGUCGCUGCCGGAGAAAAUGAGGCCAGCAUCGUGGGGAGCACCCAUCUCCUGGGAACAGGCAGACCCCUUUGCUUCUCUGCGUAAAGUGGGCCAGGACUCCACGGUGCUCCUCAUCUGUAUCACAGUGUUUCUCUCCUACCUCCCCGAGGCUGGGCAGUACUCCAGCUUCUUCCUCUAUCUCAGACAGGUCAUACGGUUCUCCUCAGAGACAGUGGCUGCCUUUAUUGCAGUUGUAGGGAUCCUCUCCAUAUUGGCACAGACGGUCGUGUUGGGUAUCCUGAUGCGUUCUAUAGGGAAUAAAAACACAAUCCUACUCGGCCUCGGCUUCCAGAUCCUCCAGCUGGCCUGGUAUGGCUUUGGCUCUCAGCCCUGGAUGAUGUGGGCAGCUGGAGCCGUCGCAGCCAUGUCCAGCAUCACCUUCCCUGCCAUCAGCGCCAUCGUGUCCCGUAAUGCAGAUCCUGAUCAGCAAGGUGUUGUCCAGGGAAUGAUUACCGGCAUUCGAGGGCUCUGUAACGGUUUAGGCCCGGCUCUUUACGGCUUUGUCUUCUACUUGUUCCACGUUGAGCUGACGGACUCGGACGGCUCAGAGAAAGGCGCCAAACCCAACAUGGCCAACCCCACUGAUGAGAGUGCCAUCAUCCCCGGCCCGCCCUUUCUCUUCGGAGCAUGCUCAGUGCUGCUGUCCUUGCUGGUGGCCCUGUUCAUCCCCGAGCACACGGGGCCCGGCAUGCGGCCCGGUGCCUACAAGAAGCACAGCAACGGGGCACAGAGUCACUCCCACAGCCCUCAGGGUAGCGGGGCGGAGGGCAAGGAGCCGCUGCUGGAGGACAGCAGCGUAUAACCUCAGCUAAAGGGUGCACACACCCCAUAAAAAAAAGACCCUCAACACAUGGACAGACGCACACAUUUUACCACAAGGACGCACAUCCAAGUGCCGUGGAGAGUAGUUUGUGAAAAUGUCCACAGCACAAAAAUGGGUGCUCCACGAAGCCGUACUUUGUCUAAAGGCAGGGUUUUGUGAGGAUGUCUGAAGAUUGUGUGUGAAGAGGCUGUGUUUAGUAUUUUUUGGUGUGUGAGUGAGAGAGCGAGAUGCUGUUCAGCUGGGCUCCAGUGUUUCUGCAGGUGUAACAGAGUGGAAAACACAUAAGCACGGCGCCCCCUCCUGAAGCAAAGCAGAACCCAAUCAAGUGCAAGAAGGGGGUGUCUAUUUAGAAUGUUGCUAGAUACCUUGAGUUGAUAUUGAUUUAGUCCAGUUGGAGUGUAACAGACACUUGAGCACUCGUACUGAAAAGCUAACUUCUGUUUCAACGCUUGUCGUUGUUUUCUGCAAGGGAAACAGUUCUUCCUCCGUGCGCGCAGCGACUUUGAACCGUGGGAGGAGUGUUGAAGAACCGCUGCCUAACCUCAGCUAGGAUGCUCGACCAGUUCAGAUAAUAAAAGCUUCGUCAGGACCACAGAUUUAUUCAAUUAUCAGACUUCUUACAGAGUCUUUCUCAAUGUUUACUUGCAGUUCUCUAGAUUCAUAGUACAGUUUGGGUUGUAUAUUUUUCUCUGUUCAAACUGAGGUCUAGUUGUGCUUCAAGUUUUUAAUUCAAGAAACAAACGUUGCCUUGAAGUGGCUUUACCAUUUUAAAAAAAAUAGACGUUGCAUAACCUGUAUGAAGACCAAGGUCUGAGAAGGCUCUGUAAUCUUACUCUGUCGCUCCCAUCGGAGCUGUUAGACACUUUUUAUUCCUUUACAUUCGUACCCUUCCUGUUUUUCUUUUCUUUUUUUUUUUGGUUCACAACAUGUAUCAACAUCAGGGCGAAGGCUUACAGAACCACAUCUUUUUCUUUCUUUUCACUUUGAAAGCAUCAGGACCGUGUAGCGCUAGCGAUCAUCAGGUUAGUGUUGGCGCUGACCCUUAACACAAAGUGUUAAUAUCAUUAAUACAUUCAUGAGAAUAUCAGUGCAGCAGGAAUUUGAUUUAAUUUGAGAUGUGGUGUGUUGAUUUCUACAGUUUAAAUAAAAACUGACGGUUUCAUUUGGUCCCUCAUAUUUAAGCUGCCAACUACAGGACUCGGGGCAUUUCUCCAACAUGCAUCACCUCGUUAAGUUGUCUGGUUGCUCUAAUUUGCAGGGUUCCCAAAGUAUGGAAUUUGAUUUCUGUUAGAAUAGAGGAUGGAAAAUAUUUGUAUGUUCACACUCCCUAUCCAAUGUCUAAACGUUUUGUGCUUCUACCCAUCAUUCCUUUCUGGUGUUCUUUUCUCCUUCGCUCUUCCUCCUCCUUUCUUCACAUUUAUUUUGUUUCUGACCCCCCUUUCCUUUUUCCUUCCUGUUUCUAUCUACCUGCCUUUUUUCUCUACUUUCUUUCCUUCCUUCCUUCCUCAUGUCCCUCGUUGCUUCCUUGUCUCCUUUCUUUCUUUCUUCCUUCCUUCCUAUCCUUUCUUCCCUCCUUGUGUCCAUCUUUCCUUUGUUUUGUCAUGUCCUUCCUACCUUUUGCCCUCCCUCCCAGUCAGUGUUUUUUGCUGGUUUCUUUUUUAAAGUCGGCCCUGAUAACAUGAUGCAGGUAGACUGGAAUCUGCAGAAGCAAUACAGUCUCUCUUUCACUGCAAAUGUCAUUGGAAAGACUGAAAAACAUGAAAUGUUUGGAAAAAAUAACAGAUUCGCUAGGUCAGGAAAAUACAGUUUUGCAACCCCUGUUGUUUGUCAUUGAGCUGAGGAGAAAAUAUUAGAUAAAAACGGUCGUUUAAAAAAGUUCAACCUGCAGCAGUAUGACCGAAGUUGCUCCAACUUGGAUAAAGAAAUAUUAAAGUCGCCCUUCUAGUCUUGCAUUUUCAACAAAUCUCUAUAAAUGAGGAAUAAUAUUGAGGAUGUCAACAACUCUUCCUUUAAAUGGAAAUAUAAUUUUCCAAUGAUAGUUGUCUAUGAGUCAUGCUUAAAGACAGGAUUAAGAGCAAUGUGAAUAAACGCAAUUUUUAUUUAUUAUUUGCAGACAAAUUCAGUUUCAAUCAUGCCUCUAGUAGCUAACUAAUUACUCACAUGUGUGCCAAAUGUGUUUGAUUUUGUACUCUAUGCACUUGAGUAGUUUGAUUAUCGUCUUGUUUUUUUUCUUAUUUGUCUCAAUAUCUCUGGCUGAAGAUUUAACUUCUACGGCUGUAUUUUUUUUAUAGCGUUUUAAGUCGCCAUCCUGUCAUUUUAGGAACUGUUUUUCUUAGAUUAUAAGGCAUCAGAUCUUCUUUCUUUUCAGCCUUGGUCUUCAUUUAAUGACAAGCAUUUCACUGUUUUUGGUUUUUUUUCUGUUGUGAGUGUAUGUGUGCGUUUAUUUGAUAUCUGAAUGUUCCACAUCAUUUUGACCACAUAACUUAACUGAGCCUGUCACAGAUUUUAUUCAUCCAGUAUUUAAAGUUCAUUUAAUCUCAGAUUUCCUCGGUUCAUCAUUUAUUAGAUGAAGCACAGAGGAGUAAACAAACGGCCCAGUCCUCUGUAAAUUGGUAAAAUUCUGCACCAGCCUCCAUGUGCAAUCAUACUCCAAGCAGACGACUGUAAAAGUACAAAAAUCACCUGUACAUGCAGCAAAUGUAAAUACAUACCUGUCGCUCGAGGAGCUGGCCACCUCUUGGUCCUGUUUGGUCGUAUGGUGCAGUUAUAUAUUUCUCAACGCGCACCUGUUAUUAGCCACGCUUUCAUUUUAGUACAACGUGGUUUGUGGCCUGAACCCCCUUCUCUGUGUGCCUAAAAUUAGCCAAGAAAUGUGUAUGGCAACGUAAGUAAAACGGUGGUAAUUAUGUAAAUAUGGGAAACUAAUGAUAAACUAUUUAUUAAAGGUUUAUUGUACAAUGCAA